AUGACGAUGAUGAUGAACCGUGCACGUGUGGUGCUGUGGCGGCGCGGGCGACGCGCGCUGAACUCUGCCGCUGCCGCUGCAACGGGGCCCAUGGCGGCUGAAGCGAGGCCAAAGGCGGUUGUGUUGACGGGGCCGACUGCCGUGGGCAAGACAGAUCUCUCCAUUCGGUUGGCGAGGAUAUUGAAUGCGGAGAUUGUCUCGGCAGACUCCGUGCAGGUGUACAAGGGCAUGGACAUUGGCUCCGACAAGGUCUCUCCGGAGCAUCGGCAGGCUGUCAAGCACCACCUUAUCGACACCUGUGACAUCUACGACACAUACUCUUCGGGAGACUUCUUCCAGCACGCCAUGGAUCUGUGUCAAGAUAUUGCGUCCCGUGGCAAGACGCCCCUCAUUGUUGGAGGGACGUGGUUCUACCUCAACUUUUUGUUAAAUGGCAGGCCCGCGGCUCCGCGUGCAGACGUCGUGCUUGAAGAUCAGAUCCUGCGCGAGUACGAUGGCGGGUCGGACUGGGAUCGAGCACACGCCGAUCUUCAUGCUGUGGAUCCCGAGAGCGCUGCGCGCAUCGACCGCAACGACUGGUAUCGCCUCACGCGCGCAAUGAGCGUGUAUCGCAUGUCGGGUCGUCCCUUCUCAUCGUACAAGCACGAGGUCAGUCGCACCAGUAGAGAGUGUCUGGAACCUGGGCUGUCGUCCGCGUUUGAUGUGACACGCCUGUAUCUGACAGCACCGCGCUGGCUGCUGUUUGAGCGCAUUAACCAGCGCUGCGAACACAUUGUCGACCGUGGCAUCAUGGAGGAGACGCUCCGGCUGGUUGAGGAGGGGCUGGAGGGGCAAAUGCACGCGGCAAAGAGCAUUGGCUACCGGCAGUGCUUUGAGUUCCUGCACAGCUUCUGGCUCAAGCCAAGCACCAAGACGAAGCUGAUGCGACGCAAGGGGUUCUACCGGUUUCUGCUCAACUACAUGGCAGCCACCCGCCGCCUCUGUGCAAAGCAGAUGCGCUCGUUCCGCGCAGACCCAAGCUAUGCCUGGAUUGUGCGCGAUGAGACAACGUCGGAGGAUCAGCUUGUUGAGCAGAUCAUGGGCCUCAUCAACAAGGAGGUGGAGGCGGAGGCUUUGGGCGCGUGGGACCGCAAGCUCAACGCAGACAACCUGUCGCUGCUGAAGGGUCACCUGCCGACGCUGGAGGUGUACGACGACGUGGAGCGCGUGGACGAGACGAUGCUGGCGCUUGAGGAGGCCGUGGUUGCGACGGGCCGGGCGAUGGGGUGGCGGGUGGAGCACCUGGAGGCAGCGCAGGUGCCCGAGCCGAAGCGGUUACGGGCGGAGAAGGCGACCCACACGCGCGGCGACCGCAGGAAGAACAGGUGGCUGACACGCGUGCGGCUUGAUCCCAAGAUGGCCAAGAAGAAGGCCGCUCGAAUCGAGGAACUCAAAUACGAAUGA